AUGGCUGGUCCUUAUCUGGUUUGUAAUUUGAUGCUCUCCUACGCCAACUUUCUCCUCACCACCAUCACCGUCACUGCCACCACCUCCAAACCCUCCUUCUUCUUCUCUAUAAUCCUCUACACCAACCCUGCUCUUUUCUACCUUCUUAUCUCAUCGAGGUCCAGUGGAGAGGCUCAUGUAGAUGCAUACAACACAAUCCCCGUAGUUGUUUUCUUCGAUUCUGUACUUCACCUUCCAGCUUUGAAAAAUGAAAGGGAUGUUCUGAUUCGGACUGCAUACGAGCAAACUUCGUUAGUUCCUACUACGGCUGAGGCUGGUCAUGAUAUGUUCUCUUUUACGCCAUUUGAUUUCACUAUUGGAGUUCAAGGUGAUUAUAAUCCUCCUUUUGACAAUUGUGAGAAAGAGAAGGUGGCAAUGAAAGGAAAACAAGACCUAUUUUCCGAAGAUUUAGCACAACAGAUUGGUCAUUCCAUGGAACUGAUGGAAGCACCCUCCCAAUGCUGUCAACAAUUGGGUGCGUUGUUUGAAUUUUUCCCACGACCACAACCACAACCGAUCCAGAAAACCACAAAUUUUCUAACUAGCCAAACAGGAAGUGAUCAUCAAGAACCCGGAAAUGAAAUCUCGCCUCCUCUGCCAUAUUCUCUAUCAAGUCUAGAGCUUCUUAUGAACUACGGAAGUGGGAAAUAUGACAUUCUCGUAUAUUUUAUUUUAGCAGGUGGCAACACAAGCAACAAUGAAAAUCAUCGAAAGAAGAUAUCAACAGAAGAAAUCAUGAGAAUAGCUGGAGCAAGGUACAUACAGUUUUCCGACUCGAUGUACGAUGAUUACUCCAUGCUCAUGCACCCUUUUGGGCACGCUCUAUCAGGCCUGUCUGAAGAGGAAACAAGAGAUGUGGAGCUCGCUCAUCUUCUUCUAAAUGCAGCAGAGAAGGUUGGUUCUCAACAAUUUGAACGAGCAAGCAUGCUGCUGUCUCGUUGUGAAUGGGUUGCAUCGCAGCAGGGCAAUUCUGUGCAGAGAAUCGUCCACCACUUCUCUGUUGCACUCCGGGAGAGAAUCGACAGAGAGACUGGAAUUUUCCCAAGAAUAUCAUAUCUGGUUCAGGAGAAUUUAUCAUCAAAUGAUGGGUCGGGUUACGAGGUGUCCAUCUUAAAGCAUCGCCAAGAUCUUCCUUUCAGUCAAGUAAUGCAGUUUACAGCAAUUCAAUCCUUGAUUGAUAAUGUUGGAUCGGCUAAAAAGAUUCACUUGAUUGAUCUUGCAAUUAGAAGUGGAGUUCAUUGGACGGCAUUUAUGCACGCGCUUUGUGAGCGUGAACAGAUCAACCGAGUCCAGUUGCUUAAAAUUACUGCAAUCGGAUCAAUAGGAAAAAUUCAUCAGAUAGAAGACAUCGGGAAGAGACUAUCAAACUUCGCAAAAUCCAUGAACUUACCAUUCGCAUUCAAGGUUGUCUAUGUCCUAGACGUGAACGACAUCAGAGAAGAAAUGUUCGAAAUCAGAAACGACGAAACAUUAGCUGUCCAUUCCCAAUUCUUUCUAAGCACGUUGAUUUCCAGGCCGAGAUGUUUGGAAAAUCUAAUGAGAGUAAUCAGAAACCUCAAUCCUUGUAUAAUGGUGAUUCAAGAGGUCGAAGCCAACCACAAUUCACCUUCAUUCGUGAAUCGUUUCAUUGAAGCCUUGUUCUUCUACAGUGCUUAUUUCGAUUAUCUCGAAACAUGUAUGGAUCGGAGCAAUGCGCACAGAAUCAGAAACGAAGAGAUCUUAUGCAGUGGAAUUCGAAACAUUGUCGCGAUGGAGGGCAGCGAGAGACAAUCGAGAAAAGUUAAGUUGGAGGUGUGGAGGGCGUUCUUCGCUAGGUUUAAGAUGGUAGAGAUAGGGUUUAGCGAGUCGUCUCUGUACCUAGCGAGCUUGGUCGUGAAGCAGUUUCCGAGUGGAAGAUCGGUUAGCCUUCAAAACAACGGCAAGGGUUUUAUUGUUGGGUGGAAAGGAACGCCAUUGCACUCUGUUACUGCUUGGAAGUUCGGAAGAGAGAGACGGUCAGUGCCCGCGCCUUGCGGCGGGACUGAUCGUGAGAGGUGA